UCAUUCAUUUUAACAAACUUGAUUUCAGUCGGAAUUUCUCUCAAUUCACUCCCAAACACAUUUAUAAUACAUUUCUCAACCACCUGACGCACUUCUAACAACAACACCAUCCUUUUUAAAACCAUUUCCAAUAUCAGAUGACAUUGGCAUAACUGAAGAUACAUUCUCAUUAUUUAUCAUCUUUUAAAGACCAGAAUGAAAAUAUUUUACUGAACAGAUAUAUAAGAUUGUUUCUGUGAAUCUGUGGUGGAAUUCCUCUGAUAUAUUUACUCUGAAUUGUGUUAUUAGCAAACCUUCUGGACAUCACUGGCUGGAGUGUCUACAAGAUGAGCCUGUUUGCAGAUUGAACGUGGAUAAAUUUAGUUGUUUUGUGACAAAGGUAACAGUGGCCAGAAAUACAACAGUUGAAAUAUUUGUAAACAAAAGACUAUAGAAGCAAAAAGAAUAAAAAAAGAAGGUAUAUUGUGAAGUUGAAGGAAAAAUAAUGGAAAAGAGUGAGAAAGUGAAGGAACAGAUUUUACCAGAAGUUAGCAAAAAAGAGAGACAAAAAUUGUCACAUGACUGUGAUGUGUGUAAAAAGUCUUUCUCAAAAAAAGGUAACUUAAAUAAGCACAAACGUAUUCAUACAGGAGAGACACCGUAUUAUUGUGAUAUCUGUGGUAAAUCAUUCUCUCAAAGUUGCAACUUAACUGCUCACAAACGUUCCCAUACAGGAGAGAAGCCAUACCACUGUGAUAUCUGUGGUAAAUCAUUCUCUCAAAAAAUUACCUUGACUACCCACAAACGUAUUCAUACAGGAGAGAAGCCAUAUCAUUGUAGUGUCUGUGGUACAAGUUUCUCUCACCAAAGUGUUUUAAAUUAUCACCAGCAUUUUCAUACAGGAGAGAAGCCAUUUCACUGUGAAAUCUGUGGUAAAUCAUUCACUCAAAGAAGUGCUUUAACUAAUCACGAACGUAUUCAUACUGGAGAGAAGCCAUAUUCCUGUAAUAUCUGUAACAAAUCUUUCUCUGAUAGAAGGAACCUAACUACUCAUAAACGUAUUCAUACAGGAGAGUCACCAUAUCAUUGUGAUAUCUGUGGUAAAUCAUUCUCUCAAAGUUGCAACUUAACUACUCACAAACGUUUCCAUACAGGAGAGAAGCCAUACCACUGUGAUAUCUGUGGUAAAUCAUUCUCCGGGAGUUCUAACUUAACUGGACACAGACGUAUUCAUACAGGAGAAACACCAUAUUCUUGUGAUAUCUGUGGUAAAUCAUUCUCUCAAAAACAGUAUUUGACUUUACACAAAAGUAUUCAUACAGGAGAGACACCAUUUCACUGUGAUAUCUGUGGUAAAUCAUUCUCUCAAAGUGGCAACUUAACUACUCACAAACGUUCCCAUACAGGAGAGAAGCCAUACCACUGUGAUAUCUGUGGUAAAUCAUUCACCAUGAGUUCUAACUUAACUGGACACAGACGUAUUCAUACAGGAGAAACACCAUAUUCUUGUGAUAUCUGUGGUAAAUCAUUCUCUCAAAAAAUUCAUUUGACUUUACACAAACGUAUUCAUACAGGAGAGACACCAUUUCACUGUGAAAUCUGUGGUAAAUCAUUCUCUCAAAGUGGCAACUUAGCUUCUCACAAACGUAUUCAUACUGGAGAGACACCAUAUCGCUGUGAUAUUUGUGGUAAAUCAUUCUCUGACCAAAGUGCUUUCAUUUCUCACAAAAGUAUUCAUACAGGAGAGAAGCCAUUUCACUGUGACAUUUGUGGUAAAUCAUUCUUUCAAAAAGGUAGCUUGACUGCACACAAACGUAUUCAUACAGCAGAAACACCAUAUUCUUGUGAUAUCUCUGGAAGGUCAUUCACUCAACAUGGCAACUUAACUUCUCACAAACGUGUUCAUCAGGGGAAGAAGCAAUCCCACUGAUAUUUGUGCUAAAUCAUAAUCUGUAAGGGGUGACUGACCCCUUUAUCAUGCAGAUUAUUCUAUCGAAUGUGAGGGUUAUUUAUUCACAUUAUUUUCAAUUUGUCCUGCAUUAAGCCACAGCUUUCAAAUUUUGAUGAUAUUGUUGUGGUUGGGCUGGUGCAGUACUUCUUGACCUACUUUGUUAGGAGUGGAGUCUGAAAGUCUACAGUACAAAAUUAUAGUCCUUUGUUUACGGAAGACUGAUGGCUUUUGGAGGGACCCCUACUCUUUGCCGGUCAAGAAAGGGUCAGAGAAAUGUGAGGGCCGAGGAAGACAGAGUAAGGAAUCUGAGGAGCCUGUCAUGAGAGAAUGACAGUGACAGCGUCGAUGAAGACAGGCAGAUAGGACCAAGCGGCGAUAGAGAGAAUAUUAGCAGUGCUAAGGGAGAUUGGGGGUGGUGAGAGAGCAAGAGGUUUUGGCAGUCGGUAUUUGGUCGUCAAAGCGAGCGGUUGGAUUUAGGAGCGAGGAUUUGGGAUUCGGGGCAAGAGUUUGGCAAGUUGGAGUUAGCAGCACUGAGAGAGAUGAGGUGCAAUAUGGGACAUUGGCUAUUCUAGUAGGAACCAAGGUACGUGAAUUGUGUAUUGAUAUGUGAAGAAAAAGAAGGAAAAAGAAUCGAUGUAUUGAAAUGUUGAAAAGAAAUGAGACUGUGAAAAGAACGAUGUGAACUGUGUAAAGACAUUGUGUACAGAGUUGUUGAAGAGAGAACUGUGUAAUGAACAUUGUAUAUGCCUUUAAUGUGAUUUGAAAUAGAACUGUUGUCUCCAGACGU